GCUCAGUUGUAUCUGUCAAACACCGAGACCAAGUUAUUGGAAAAAAAGUUCCAGGAGAGAACAUGACAGGCGAUCUCAUUGGAAGAUAAUAUUCUGAGUGUCGAGGUGAUUACAACACGGAGAGAAUUAAGAUUAUUUUUCUGGCAGAGGAUGUUAAAAACACAGUGACCAAUGAACGAACAUCGACAGUAUUAUAGAACUUGUUGUUUUCGGUGAUGUGUUCAACCAAUUAUUGUUUUUGUUUUUUUAAAUAGACAACUGCAAUUAAAGACUAAAUUGAAUACACAACCGACAUUCAUGUAAACUAAAAGCUGUAAAACGGGACGAACAUUGUUUUGGAAAAAUCAGCUGGGGUUUGUUUGGUUUUUUUUCGUUUGAUAAAUAACUUAUUUUCUUGAAGUUUGGAAUACUUGACAAUGAAUGUUUCUGAGGAAUUGGUCAACAAGACAGGAAGUUCCUCAACCUAUAUAGAGGAAUUGGCGUUCAUUAUUCCGAUUACCUGGGGAUUGCUUGUGGUCAUUGGCUGCAUAGGAAAUGGACUGGUCAUUUUUACCUUGGGAAAGAACGGGGAAAUGACGCCCACUAAUGUGUAUGUGAUAAACCUAGCGGUGGCGGAUCUAACAUUCUUGAUAAUUGUUGUUCCCACUACAACGGUAGGCUUUGCUGUGGAGGAGUGGAUCUUUGGAGAUGCUGUGUGCAAGAUCUGCAGUUACAUGAUAUAUGUGACCCUCCAUGCCACCUGCUUCACGUUAACCGCCUUGACAAUAGAUAGAUACCAUGCUAUUGUGAAUGCCGUGACCUCUAUGAACUGGCGAUCACGAAGGACGUCCACCAUCGUCAGUCUAAUGGUGUGGGCAGUGUCCUUCCUCAUAUCAAUUCCGUUCGCCAUGUACCACCAGGAACACACAAACGAAAACAAGCUUUACUGUGUCCCGAACUGGGGCGGACACGGGAACGACAAGCUGGUGUCUCUAAUCGUCAUCUUCACCACAUACGUCAAUCCACUGGGCAUCAUCAUCGUCUGCUACACCCAGAUUCUGCGCAACCUCUGGACCAGAAAUAGCCAUUCAUAUACACCCAGUUUCAAAACAGAGGAGGAUUUCAAUAGCAGCGCGCCAUUGUCAACAAGAUCGCAAUCGAGGCGCAGAAGCAAGGUUACCCGGAUGGUGUUUAUUGUGGUUCUACUGUUCGCAAUAUGUUGGCUUCCGGUUCAUGUGUUUCAAUUGAUCCGUAUAUUUGACCCUGGCUACCCUAAAACAAAAUCAGUGUACGUGCUUAAAAUGAUCAGUCACACCCUGUCAUACGCGAACUCCAUUGUCAACCCUUUUGUGUAUGCUUUCCUUAAUGACGGAUUCCGGAAGGCUUUUCGACGAACAUUUCCGUACGUCAGCAGUUACUGCCCUUGUGCUCAAAUCUCCAUGGAGAGAAACAGCCAUGCUUCAGACAUGGUCGACAGAUGUAUUCAAACACGGGUAGGCGAGUGUCAAGACGAAAAUGGCAACGGCGGAACCGAGAUUGUCUCCAUGUCUCACGUGUCAGAUCACAAAAAUUCUAUCCCCAUGGUCCUGUUAUCCAAGCCACUUCAUUCUGACAUAGAAGAGAAAAGCGGAAGUGAGCAGGAAACCUAAAAUAAAUCCAAAUGCAGAAAUAUUAGUGAUGUGACAAACAUGACAAGUGUUACUCGUUUUCGCUUUUAGUUAAGGACACUUAAAAAAAUCCAUGCAUGGAAUGAUUUAAUUUGGUUGUAAUAAUUACAAAUAUGAAAUUUCU